AGCCGUUAUCCGCAUCAAGCAGCUUUCAUUCAGUGUGUGGCUUCCGAGCGGAGAACAACAGGCUACCUCUCUCCUUUCAGUCCGCUGAUGCUGCACAGCUAUGUGACAAGGGAAAUAUUUAAGCCAGACUGCUGUAUAACAAAGAGCCAUAAAGUCAAUAUCAACAUGUGACAUCAUCGUUUUUUUACUGGUAACAUGUUCAGUUUGAAUCAAAUGCUGACAAAACGCUCUCUGGAAAAUCUCAACGUGUAAAAAAAAAGAAGAAAGAAAUAGACAAAAAAAAAGGUGUUCAUCUGUUAUCAUCUAUCAAGAAAGCACAAUUGUUAAAGAUGUCCAAGCCCCAAAGUUUUGCUUCUCUGUUGGGAUCCGAAAUGUGGAAUCAGCCAUGAAUAUAAACAUAGAGAUUAAGUCUGUCUCAGUCCUACUGGCCAGAAAGUGUUCUGUCCACCUCAGCAACCUGCGCCACAUCAACAAGAUCGUUGUGUGCACUGGCUGCUGAUGGACCCGUUACCACUGACACAAGGAUUCAACUCCAGCUGUGCCAUGACUUCAUCAGACCACGACGAGACGGGCAGCGAUCUGUCCGAGUCCAUGGAGAUCCGUGAGCUCCAGGACCAGUAUGUAUCUGGCGAAAACUGCUUCAAGUCCAAAAGUUUACCCAUCCUGAAUGGACCAUGUGAGCAUGGGGUUAGCCCCUCUCCAAAUCCUCAGCAGGUCGGUACAGUCUGCUCCUGCGGGGCUGUGGAGGACAGCCGGGCGCUCCAGCUCAAGACCCCAGAAUGCAGCCAGGCGGAGUCCCCUUCCUCAUGGACGGACUUCUCCCCCUCAAUGUCCAGCAUGGUGGGGCUGAGCAGCUCCAUGUCAGUGGAGGGUCACAGGCCCGCAGGCUUCAGAGGCAGAAAACUUGGUUUCUGGCAGGGGUUUGUUCAGACACCUGCCAGAAAGUGUGCGCGGGUUAUCCUGAGCGACUCGCGUUGCUUCUUGUUCUGCAUGUGCUACCUGACCUUCAUUCAGUCCCUGAUGGUUUCGGGCUACCUGAGCAGUGUCAUCACCACCAUUGAGAAGCGCUACAGCCUACGCAGCUCUGAAUCUGGCCUGUUGGUCAGCUGCUUCGACAUCGGCAGCCUGCUGGUGGUUGUCUUCAUCUCUUACUUUGGCGGCAGGGGUCACAGGCCACGCUGGCUGGCCGUGGGAAGUGUCGUGAUAGCCGUGGGCGCGGCAUUGUUCUCCCUGCCGCAUUUCAUCUCCUCACCGUACCAGAUCCAGGAGAUGAACUCGUCAGUGGGCCACAAAGGCCUCUGCCGAAGCGAGAACGGCAGCAAGCGGGAGCAGGAAGUGGCGUCCUGCCCCCGAGAUCAGGAAGGCAAUGAGCACAAACUGUAUGUGGAGCUUUUCAUCUGCGCCCAGAUACUCAUCGGCAUGGGGUCGACACCAAUCUACACCCUGGGGCCCACCUACCUGGACGACAACGUGAAAAAAGAAAACGCUUCUUUGUACCUGGCCGUCAUGUAUGUUAUGGGAGCCCUGGGACCUGCUGCCGGCUACCUGCUGGGAGGCAUCCUAAUCGGCUUCUACGUCGACCCCAAAACUGUGGUGAACAUUGACCAGAAUGACCCUCGUUUCGUUGGCAACUGGUGGAGCGGGUUCCUCCUGUGCUCCAUUGCCAUGCUUCUUGUCAUCUUCCCCAUGUUUGCCUUCCCCAAAAAGCUGCCUCCACGCCACAAGAGAAAGAAGAAGAAAAAGAUGUCUUCAUUGGAUGAUGCGUCCAGCGAUGAUGAUGUGAAGAAGGAAAAGUCUAGUAGCAAAGACCAAAAUGUGUCCUCCUCUAUAGGAUUUGUAAAAGACCUCAAAGGCCUUCCCAAAGCCGCUCUGAGGAUCCUCAGCAACAUGACGUUUCUGUUCGUCAGUCUGUCCUACACCGCUGAGUGUGCCAUCGUCACGGCCUUCAUCACCUUCAUUCCCAAAUUUAUCGAGUCACAGUUUGGCAUUCCUGCCUCCAAAGCCAGUAUCUACACAGGUUUGAUCAUUGUGCCCAGCGCCGGUGUGGGCAUCGUCCUCGGGGGCUACAUCAUCAAGAAGCUGAAGCUCGGCGCGAGAGAAUCGGCAAAGCUGGCCAUGAUCUGUAGCGGCGUGUCCCUGCUCUGCUUUUCGACGCUUUUCAUCGUCGGCUGCGAGAGCAUCAAUCUCGGAGGCAUCAACAUCCCCUACACAACCGGUCCGUCCCUGACCAUGACCCACAGGAACCUGACAGGAAGCUGCAAUGUUAACUGCGGCUGCAGGAUCCACGAGUAUGCUCCGGUCUGCGGCUCUGACGGCAUCACCUACUUCAACCCCUGCUUGGCUGGAUGCAGAACCAUGACCAAUGACAGCACAGGGAUCAGGAACUACACGGACUGCAGCUGCAUUCAGAGCCGCCAGGUCAUCACUCCGUCCUCCGGCGGCCAGGUCAACCAGCUCCAGCUGGUCAUCGUCAAGACGUACCUGAACGAGAACGGGUUCGCUGUGUUGGGGAAGUGCGACCGGACCUGCAACACUCUCAUCCCGUUCCUCAUCUUCCUCUUCAUCGUCACCCUCAUCACUGCGUGCGCCCAGCCCUCAGUCAUCAUUGUGACGCUCAGGUCUGUUGAUGAACAGGAAAGGCCUUUUGCUCUCGGGAUGCAGUUUGUUUUGCUCCGGACUCUCGCCUAUAUCCCCACGCCCAUCUACUUUGGCGCUGUGAUCGACACCACCUGCAUGCUGUGGCAGCAGGACUGCGGCGUACCCGGCUCCUGCUGGGAGUACGACGUUACCUCAUUCCGCUUCGUGUACUUCGGCCUGGCUGCCAGCCUCAAGUUUGUCGGCUUCGUCUUCAUCUUCCUCACCUGGUACUCGAUCAAGCACAAGGAGGCGCAGGCCGAGCGCUGGCGCCAACACCUGCCUCCCCUGGGCACGGUCAGUGAGCUCGUGUGCCACGCUGGCGGACGGAAGAGCCACGCCCGCACGCGCUCCUGCCCCGUGUUCAUCCCGCCCCGGCCCGACGGGCCGGUGGCGGUGCUGCUCGACCGCGGCCAUAGCAGCCUGAGCUGCCCGGGCAACGACCUCAGAGCAAUACCUCCUCCCGUCUCGCUGCCGCCCCACCACAGAGGCUCCGCCCACGUCUGAUUGAGGGGGGUUGGGGGGUUGUUCGUCGUGACAUGUGCCUUCCUGUUUUGUUGUUUCUGCACAACACGGCGUCUGCUUUACACAGGACCGACAAGUGUGCCCACCAUACCUAAAGGGCUGGUCAUCAAUUUAUGGGAGAAACUGAGCAUAUCAUCUGCUGCAGCCACACUGGAGAGAUGAUGAAAGAACAUUAAACUGGUGCUACUGUUAACAGACAGGGCAUUAUAACCUCUGUACGGCAGAAAAGUCAUCAACACUGCGUCUAAAGCACAACAGAAACUCUGUACUAUGCAAAAAUUGACCUACUGCUCCUUUCCUCUUCAUCCUUCAUCACAUACAUCUUUUUUUUUUUUACUAAUUUUUUCAGUGUUUCUUCUAGAUUUGAGCCUCUGUCUUGUCAUGGUGGCUCACACAUCUUCAUAUAUGACAGAAUUAGAUCUAGAAUUUUUGUUCACAAGUUUCUCACAUUAUUUCAUUUUCGUUUUCCCUUAACAGUGCCUCUCAGGCCGUCACGGCCAGUCCAGUACGCAGGUCUGGCUGUCAGGGUUAAUAUUAGCCUCAGAAGAAUCCAAGAUCGCCUUCACCAACUUAACCAUGUAGCUUAAAGCAGAGAAGCACCAAUAGCACAUCACAAAAUUUUACUAUCCAAGUAAAAAAACUAAACUACACAAUAGAUUUCUCACAAUGUGCUGAAGCUACUGUAAAUCCUCAAUAUGUGAAUGCAGGUUUGGAAAAAGUGGUAUCAUAUUUGGCCUUGUAUUUAUAAAAGCUCCUCCAUUCCAGCGGCCAUCAGAUGUACAUAGUUGUUAUUUAGCUGUCUAGACUUUUAAAGACUUAUUGCAGCAGAGCAUGACCCAAGCUAGCCGGAGAGGGAGUCAAUCUUCUGUUGUUUGGUGCCAUCUAGUGGACUGAACCGUUUUUUGUGAGGAGCCUGUGAAUGUCGACGGUUUCAGAUCUUCUGUGUUUGAGAAAUUGCAAAAAGUUAAAUGAAAAAAUUCUCUACAGUGAACUGUUCAGUUCUGUUAAACUUUUAUUUGAAGACUCCGAGGUGAUCAGUUUUUUUAUUUUGCGGAAAUGUUUUUUCUUUUUUUUUUUAUGUUAAUCUGGUUCUGCUCGUUUACUUCUAGUUACCAAACAUUAUAGUGUUAUAAAUACAAACUUUGUUGUUGGACUUUAAUCGAGCAACAUGAAGGAAUACAUAAUUGUGAAGUGAAAGGAAAAUAGGUUUUAAUUUCUUUUACAUAUAUUUUCAGACCCCUUUACUCUGAUAACCCAAAAUAAAAACAGCUCAAUUCAUUGCAUCCAAAAACCAUAAAAGUAAAUAGUCUACAUAACAGUCUGUGUAGAGAUUUGUUCGGAAACAUUAAUGAACUGUUAGUCGAUACGUUGUCCUAAACAGUAGAAUAAGAACGUACGAUAAUUUUUACCUUUUUUUUUUUAAAUACAUAUAUUUUCCUUGUGUUUUGCAACUAUUUGUUCCUUUGUGUCGAUCUGUUACAUAAAAUCCAAAUAAAAUACAUUAACCCCACACAGGUCUGAAAAUUAACUUUGAAAGACAAACAUAAUAUUGCUUUGAACAAAAUUUUACAUAAUUUUUUUAAAUUAUGUUUUGUUCUCUGAAACAAAUUGAGAAUUUGUCUGGAGCAAAUUAUCUGGUUGAUAUGUUUGUAUUAUUGUGGCUCAAUUUUUGAAGGUAUUCAUACAUGGUCAUUGUGUAAAUAAUGGACGCCAACAAUACCUAUUAUAGAGCUCAUUUAUAGCUAGAAAUGUAUCAUCCAUGACAUCGUAAUUCAGUUAGGGAAUGCCAAAAAACAAAAUGGUAUUAAAAAAAAAACAGAAGAGUAUUAUCCAAAUAAAGAGUCAUCAAUAUUAGCUCAGUUUUAUAGCUGUCAGUGAUCAGAAAAGCCUGGCCCAGCUCUGUCAGGAGAGAUUUUCCACUCUUUUUCUGUCUUCAUCCAAAUUUGACCUCAUUUAAUUUUUUUUCUCCCAGGGCAAAGUAAGAUCUGAUUGUGCAGCAGAAACAGAGUUCACCAGAUUUCAGCAACAAAGAAGAGCAGACCAUCCUUCAGUGAUGGCAACACAAUGUUUGCACUGAUGUCUGACAUCCACAGACCACCUUCAACUUCAGUGUGCUGCUCUCUGUACAAACGUCUGGACUACCUGCACAACAGGACUUCAUGCCGACCCUGGAGUUCGGCUUUAAUGCAUCGUCCCUCUCUUCAGCGUUUGGACUGCAGGUUGAUUUUUUAAAUUUUAUUUUAUUUUUUUCCUGGACAAAAACCUGAAGCUGUAUUCUGAAAGUUGCUCUUGGCUCCUCAGCAGCAAAAUUAUAAUUGAUGUUUGUGAACGCUUGGUUUACAAAUGCCUUCA